CAACGACCAACGACGCCAAUGGUCAGUAAGGUCAGUAAAGACGGUAAAGACCGUAAUGGUUAAUGUUGCGAAUGUUGCUGAAUAGAGUGUAGGAAUGCCAAGAAUUUUACAGAGAGCUGAAGAAAUAUUUCCUGCCGUAAGAGAAAGCAUGAGCUAUACAAAUUCAGAGAAUGUUUUAGUGGGUCAACAUAGUGAGAUAUACCCAGCAUACCAUGAUGGAAAUCAGGCCAUGAGCAUAAGAGAUGAAGUUUCAGACACAGAAGAGAAACCAGAUCAUGUGCCAGUAGCAGUUGAGGAAAUAAAGGCUGAACCUGAGAACUAUGCAAAUUUAGAGAAGGUACUAGUGGGUCCACAUGGUGAGAUGUACGCAGCAUGGCAUCAUGCAAACGAGGCAAUGAAUGUUAAAAUUGAGGAAGUCUCAGAUGCAGCAGAAGAGGAUCCUCUGCGAAUAACAGUUCAGGAAAUGAAGGCUGAACCUGAGUCAGCCCCACAAAAUAUCAUACAUGAUAAACAAGUUCCAAGGUUACAAAAGUUUCUGCAUUCUCUUGCAACAAGACUGCCAAGAAUUGUGCUACAGAGAGCUGAAGAAACAUAUCCUGCUGUGAAAGAAAGCAUGAGCUACACAAAUACAGAUAAAGUUUUAGUGGGUCCAUAUGGUGAGACAUACCCAGCAUGUUGUAAUGGAAGUCAGGACAUGAAUAUUAAAACUGAAGAAGACUCAGACGCAGAAAAGAAAGCAGAUCCUCUCCCAAUAACAUUUCCAGAAGUGAAGGGUGAACCUGAGAGUACUUUGAAUGAACUUCGACCUGUACAUAGUGAGGAGCAGCCAUAUUCCCGUGAUGAGCAUAGUGAAUCAUUCAGUCAACAGUUUAAUCUGAGGACACAUCAGCUCAUACACAGUGGGGAGCAGACAUUUUUCUGCAGCAUGUGUAAUAAAUCAUUUAGUUGUCUGAGUCAUCUGAAUAGACAUCAGCGCAUACAUAGUGGGGUACGGCCAUUUAGCUGUGAUGUGUGUAGCAAGUCAUUCACUGAGCUUGGUGACUUGAAGAGACACAAGCGCAUACAUACUGGCGAACGACCAUUUGUCUGUAAUGUGUGUAAUAAGUCAUUUUGUGAUCAGAGUAAUAUGAAGACACAUCAGCGCAUACAUAGUGGGGAACGGCCAUUUAGCUGUGAUGUAUGUAAUAAGUCAUUCUGUCAGCAAAGUGAUUUGAAGAAACACAAGAUCAUACAUACUGGGGAACGGCCAUUUUUCUGUGAAUUAUGUAAUAAGUCAUUCAGUCGUAAGGGAUGCAUGAUGAACCAUCAACGCAUACAUAGUGGUGAGCGGCCAUUUUGCUGUGGUGUUUGUAAUAAGUCAUUCAAUCAGCUUGGUGAUUUGAAGAAACAUCGGCGCCUACAUACCGAUAAUCAGCCAUUUAACUGUGAUGUAUGUAAUAAGUCAUUCCGUCAGCAGGAUUAUCUGAAGAAACACAAGCUUGUACAUACUGGGGAUCGACCAUUUAUCUGUGACUUAUGUAAUAAGUCAUUCAGUCAAAAGGGAUCCCUGAAGAACCAUCAGCGCAUACAUACUGGGGAUCGACCAUUUAUCUGUGACUUAUGCAAUAAGACGUUCAGUGAAAAGAGAUCCUUGAAGGACCAUCAGUGUAUACAUACUGGUGAGCGGCCAUUUUGCUGUGAUACUUGUAAUAAGUCAUUUAAAAAUCAGCGUCAUCUAAAAAGGCAUAAUCGCAUACAUACUGGAGAACGGCCAUUUAUCUGUAAUGUGUGUAAUAAGUCAUUCCAUCAGCAGAGUGAUCUGAGGAAACACAAGGUCAUACAUACUGGGGAACGACCAUUUCUCUGUGACUUAUGUAAUAAGUCAUUCAGACGUAAGGGGUGCCUGAUGAGACAUCAACGCAUACAUAGUGGGGAAAGGCCAUUUAUCUGUAAUGUGUGUGAUAAGUCAUUCCAUCAUGAGCAUAAUUUCAAGGCACAUCAGCGAAAACAUUUUGAUUUGUGUAAUAAAUCAUAGCGCUGUAAAGAUGGGUUUAGACUGAAGGAAAUAUACGUGGUGUGUUCAAAAAGUAGCGAACCUUCUUUUUCCCGCGUAAACCAAUGAAGUGCGGGAGGCUCCCUUCGGUGGAGAUGUGGAGGUGACCUCCAUGCGCAGUCCUGAAUUUUUUCCCGUCCACAGAUAGCGUCAGUCACUGGCAGUUGGCCUAUGAGUGAGGACGUGUAGUGAGUGCUCGUUGGAUUCCAGUAAGGUGUAAAAUGACGGAACAACAUGAGCAGUGAUAUUGCAUCAAAUUUUGCCAAAAGCUUGGUGAUUCCCAAGUGAAAGCCAUUUGCAAGAUUCAACAGGCUUUUGGGGACAAUGCCAUGAGCAACUCAUUGAUAAAGGAGUGGUACA